UGAAAUAGAUUUCUAAUUGGUUUUUUAAUUAUUUAUAAUAUAUUUAAUCUGUUUUCAAUAUAAAAUUUAAAUAUAUGUGUUGCUAAUGGUAACGAUCUUAUAAACAAUUAAAAAGCGCAUUUUUAGUUGGGCUUUAAACUUGACUACAACUUGUGUCGCUCAUUUUUCUUAAAGAAUUUAUGAGAUUUGACUGUGUGGAUAUGGAAAUUGAAUUGGAUGAAGAUCUGUUGCACGCAGAGGAUUGUAAUGCACCGUCGAGUAAUGUCGAGACUAUCAUUGGAUACAUUGAGGAUAUUGUGAUCAGCGACAGUUUUCAAGAACUUCAAACCGAAUUUUUGGAAAGGAACUGCAUGAUCUUCACGAAUGAAGAAGAAAAUAAAAUUAUUUAUACGGAUAUAUUCAAUAAUUACACGAAAAUAAUAGAGGAUUUUAUUUUGGAAAAUUUGCAAAAACUCGCACCCAACAUCGACAUGAAUUCAUUUUUGUCUGAACUAAGAACAACGGCGACUCAGUUUGACGGGGAAAUUUACGAGUUUUUAUUUUCAUUAAGUGAUUUUCAAACAUUCAAGACAUUGAUUCUUGACUUCAAGGAAUUCAAAUUGAAUCAGAGCAAUUUUUCAGCACUUGAUGACUGUUUUAAGAUUACUAAACUAUAAACAUAUUUCUUUACCGCUUGCAUUGUCUUUCUCA